AUGGGUAAGAAUGAAGCGAAUCGCAGAGCGGUGAAAUCGUGCGAUGCAUCUGAUGAGAAUUUGGUAUCGCCAGGAGAAGGGAAAGGAAAUAAAUUGUGGAAGAAGGUGAAAUACCAGCUGGUGGAGUACCAUGCGCUGCCUGGAUAUUUGAAGGAUAAUGAGUAUAUCCUUGCUCAUUACAGAGCUGAAUGGCCUUUGAAGCAGGCCUUUCUCAGCAUUUUCUCCAUUCACAAUGAGACCCUCAACGUCUGGACGCAUUUACUUGGCUUCUUCCUUUUCCUCUCUCUAACCAUUUACACUGCUAUGAAGGUUCCAAAUGUCGUGGACCUGAAUUUGCCGAGUGCGCUCAGAAAUGCUGAUUUUCAGAAAUUGCAUGCAGAUCUCAUUACUUGUCUCCCAUCCUUGCUACAUAUGCCCGAUCUUCACAAACUUCGAGAGGAAUUGAAAACUUCAUUGCCUUCAAUGAACUUGUCACCAUACUUAUCCAACUGGCACAUUAUGGAUCUCCUCUCUAACUGUUUACCUGAGAAUCUGACUUACAGCAACCACAUUGAUACUUGUGUUCUGCAUAACAUGAAAGAGGAUGUGGCGAACAUAAUAGCUCCAUUGUUGGUGAGGCCAAUCACGCGUUGGCCGUUCUUUGCUUUCUUGGGUGGGGCUAUGUUCUGCUUGCUAGCCCGCAGCACAUGCCAUUUGCUCUCCUGUCACUCUGAACUCUUUGCAUACUUCAUGCUUCGGCUGGACUAUGCAGGGAUCGCUGCCCUCAUCUCGACAUCCUUCUACCCGCCCGUCUACUACUCCUUCAUGUGCUAUCCUUUCUUCUGCAAUCUCUACAUGGGGUUCAUUACUUUACUAGGAAUUGGGACAGUCCUGACAUCCCUUCUCCCAGUGUUCCAAACCCCUGAGUACCGCACCUUCCGAGCAUCCCUCUUCUUCGGGAUGGGUUUCUCCGGUGCAGCCCCCAUCUUACACAAGCUAAUCCUGUUCUGGCACCAGCCAGAGGCGCUCCACACAACGGGAUACGAAGUUUUGAUGGGGCUGUUUUAUGGCGUAGGAGCACUGGUGUAUGCAAUGAGAAUACCGGAGAGAUGGAUGCCAGGGAAGUUUGACCUUGCCGGGCACAGUCACCAGCUCUUCCAUGUUCUAGUCGUGGCCGGAGCUUAUACGCAUUAUCGCGCCGGACUUGUGUAUCUUAGGUGGAGAGACCUGCAAGGAUGCUGA